GUGGAUCGCGGCGUACGAGUUACCAGUCUCGCCAGUGCUACGGUGUUAUGCUGUGUCUCUCUAUUUUUAGACCUGAUGCUAUGCGGGAAUCCAUUUCGAUCGUGUCGUUUUUCUGCUGUGUGUGUGUCUCUUUAUGGCUUGCACAGAGCCUUGGAAAGGCUUUCACUUACGGGCGUACCGAUUGCCAGGUUACAACUCAGCGGUGGUUUCCGGCCGCUCCAGACAACCAGAGCGUGUGCAGCGUUGGAGCUGUAGAGGAAGUGGUAGGAGGGAAGAGAAAGCUCGUUGUGGGGAGACAUAGACGUCUUUGUCGUAUAGCAUGCAUAGGCGACGAUAGGCGGAGCACAUAUAAUUAGAGCUUAAACCGUAGAUAAUGAGGUGCUGAGAUCUUAGGUUUUGCACAGACGGGUCGUCGGAGGGGCAGAGCAUGGAGGAUAGGGCCCGGGCUUGUGAUAUUGGGUGUGUUGUGUGCUUUAUAUGAGUAGUAUAUAUGUAAUGGACGGGUGCCCUGCUAGAAACACCGGUAUCGGCGUUGGGGAGUGCUGGAGCAUC